AUGGCUACCGACCCCCGACCUCGGCGUCGCGAGGACUUUCGGAUCGCGGUGUUGUGCGCCCUACCCCUAGAGUACAAUGCUGCCACUUUGGCGUUCGACGAAUUCUGGGACGAGGAUGGCGACAAAUUCGGGAGAGCACGAGGAGACCCCAACACCUACACAACUGGCCGAAUCGGAAAAUACAACGUCGUUUUGGCAUUACUACCCAAUAUGGGAGGCAUCUCUGCUGCUAGCGCAAUGGCCAGCAUUCGUUCAAGCUACACAGAGCUCAAGCUGGCCAUCUUGGUGGGCAUAUGCGGCGGUGUGCCCGGCGUGGGCACCAAGACAGAAAUUCUACUUGGGGACGUCAUCAUCAGCAAGACAGUAGUUCAAUACGACUUUGGCCGCCAGCAUCCCCAUAAGUUUACACGAAAAGACACUAUCGACGACAACCUGGGACGACCAAACAAAGACAUCCGCUCACUGCUUGCCAGUCUUGAGACGGAACGUAGCUUCGAUAUUCUCCAGCGCCGAACAUCUGAGACCCUUGCUCAGAUCCAGCAAGAAGCCGCCCAGGCCGUUCGGAAACGGAAACGGACCCGGUAUCCCUACCCUGGAGCGGCGCAAGACAUGCUCUUCAAUCCAAACUAUAUACAUAGACACCGAGACGAAGAAGGCUGUGGCUGUGACGAAUCAUGGGUUUGCGAUACAGCCCCUGAUGCAUCGUGCAAGGAGCUUGAAUGCGACGUCGCUCACCUACUCCCUAGGGAGCGCCUUGAAACAAAGAAGAGGCUAGAGCGUGAAGGGGACGUCUCACAAGCCCAGGAGCCGCAAAUAUUCAUUGGUCGUGUUGGAUCAGGCAACACGGUGAUGAGGUCCGGCAUGCAUCGUGAUAGUAUUGCCAAGGAACAUAGCCUCAUCGCCUUCGAGAUGGAGGCGACCGGAGCGUGGGAUGAGGUUCCUUGUAUUGUUGUCAAGGGAGUCUGCGACUAUGCCGACAGCCAUAAAAAUAAGAAGUGGCAGACGUUUGCAGCUGCAACAGCAGCAUCUACGAUGAAAGCAUUACUCGGGCUCUAUAUUCAAACUGAUACACGUAGGGAUUGGAGAGCAGACUUUUCAAUCCGGCGUAACAUUGAGAUUUUGAAUUGGAUCUCAAAAGAGCCUUACGAGCAACAUCACAAACUGACGAGAAGUGAAGUUUUGAAUGGCACAGGAAAGUGGCUCCUUGAGGACCCAACUUUCUUGCAAUGGAAGAACGAAAGCGUUUCAUCAGUCUUGUGGCUGCACGGCAUCCCAGGCUCUGGCAAGAGCAAGCUGACGUCUCUUGUCGUUGAGGACUCCCAACAGGCUUUUCAGAGUAGUCAGAGCACAGCCCUGGCGUACUUUUACUGCUCCCGUAACCCAGCCGAGCCCGGUCGUUCGGACCCUGCUAGCAUAGCGGCUAGUAUUGCAAGACAGCUUGCGAUACCUCAACUCGGAGGGGAGCUUCUUGAUGCUGCAGUGAAGGAGUACACUAAUGCCGAAGACAAGGCCUUCGCCUCUAGAUCACUCACACUAGUUGAAAGUCAGGACCUUAUUCUUAGGCUCCUUAAAAGUUAUAAAGAUCAUAAGAUAAUGCUUGUGAUCGACGCACUGGACGAAUGCAAAGAGGCAACCCGACAAAACCUUUUGGGAUUGUUGAAUACACUUUUAGAGGCUCCAUGUCUUUUGAAGAUAUUCGUCUCAAGCCGGGAUGACCAGGACAUUGUCUAUAAUUUAAGACAAUGCCCGAACUUAUUCCUCUCCUCCGAGCGCAACUCGGGGGAUAUAGAUCUUUUUGUACGAACGGAGACCAGACGCCUCAUCGGCAAAGGGUCUUUACUGCGUGGCAGCGCAAGAAGAGAUGAGCUUCACGGCAAGAUUGUCCGUGAACUUACAUCCAAAGCGCAUGGCAUGUUCCGCUGGGCAAGCCUACACAUACAAGAACUUUGCCGACAGACUACCGAUGCAGCGAUUGAGGAGAGACUCUUAAGAAUUCCUAAAACGCUAGAAGGGCUCUACCAAGAGAUUCUCUUCAAAAUCGAGAACCGCGAUGCGGAUGCAGAUAGAAAUCUGGCCAGGAAUGCUUUUAUUUGGUUGCUAUGUAGUCGAGAGCAACUAGAAUCAGAUGACUUUCUGGCAAUGGUAUCCAGAAAGGACGGAUCCUCUCUUGCGAUCUCCAAGGAUCAGCUUCUAGAUUUAUGCUGCAACCUCGUCAUUUUCGAUACCACUCUGGACGCUUUUCGGUUCUCUCAUUUAUCGGUGAGGGAGUUCCUUGAAAAUCAAUAUACAUACCAAACAACUACCGCAAACGCGGUUGCGGCCGAAAUCUGUCUACUCAAUCUCGCUGCCAUCCCAUCCGAACUUGCGUCUUUGACAUCGCUUUUGGAAUACUCAUGCUCGUUUUGGGCAGACCAUGCGCAGGCGGCUGGUCAAGAAAGGCAACCACGAUUGAAUCAAAUUCUGAUCGAAUUCUUUUCUGGAGAGCAAAACCCGCGCUCGGUCUUUUAUCGGUGGCAUAGUAUGAUUACACAGUUGUUUGAAGGCAGGGGUAUAUACCGGAGUGGGUUUUGGAGGCUCUUGGAAGUCACGUUUUCCACGCCAUCUGCCUUGCUGGUGAUCUGCCUGUUUGACUUGUCUAAUGUCCUCGGCCAGGAGCAUUGGAGACAGCUAGCAAAAGAUGGGCCGAGGACUAUACGCCGCAUCACACACGAAGAAGCUGCAGUCUUAUACGGUAGCAUUGGGAUUCUUGAAUGGCAUUUUAAUGCCGGAAUUCCUUUCAAAGUAACUAAAGAUGUUGUGCGAGCGAUGGUCGCGAGCAGAGAAGAAACCUGUAUACAGGUAAUAGCGCUACUACUCAACAAGCAUGGGAACAACAUCCAGAUCACAGAAGAAGUCGUCAACGCAGCGGCCUCGAAUACAAAAUACGGUGACAUAAUACUUGCGUUUCUCUUCGAGAAACGUGGACAUGAAUUCAUAGUCACCGACGAAAUCAUUGAUGCUGCGGUUCAGAACGAAACCCUAGGUGUGGACUUAGUUUCACUGCUUCUGAAGCAAAGAGGAAGCGAGAUUAGUAUUACUGAAGAUACUAUUAUAGCUGCAGCUCAGAACGACAAGCUUGGUGUAGCCGUAAUAACGCUAUUGCUAGAAGAGCGGGGUGACGAGAUUGGCAUUUCCGAAGAUACUCUUAUAGUAGCAGCAACACGGUAUCCUAGCAGGGGUCUUUCCGGGAAUUUUUAUAAGACAAUAGCGCUGCUUCUCAACAAGUGCAGCCCCCAGAUUCACAUUACUGAAGACGUUAUACUGGCGAUUGCUGGGGUUGUCGCCUGCGGUAGAAACACAAUGGCAUUGCUUCUCGACAACUGUCAAGACGAAAUAAAGAUCACCGCAAAACUCUUUCAAAGUGUAUCCAAAAUCAAUAAUGCAAAACGACGAAACCAAACAAUGGUGCUACUUCUCGAUAGAUUUGGGGCGGAGUCUCAGAUCACCAAUGAAAUUGUUGAGGUGGCUGCAGAACACUUUCACGAUACUAUACUGCGUAAACUCAUCGACAUACACGGCGAAGCGGUACGGGUCACCGAAGAGAUCAUCAAACUUGCGGCUCAAAAUAAGUAUAGAAGUGCGGAAAUAAUAGAGCUACUUCUUGAGAAGCGCGGGCAUGAGGUUCAGAUCACCGACGAGAUCCUCAAGCUUGCGGUUCAAAACGAAUACAGCGGUGCAAAAUUAUUGGAGCUACUUUUUGACAAGCGCGGGCAUGAGGUUCAGAUCACCAAAGACAUUGUUCACCUUGCAAGCGUUAAUUCAACGUCUGGCGCAGAGUUGAUAAUGAUACUUCUCAAGAAUCGAGGAGGCCAGGUUCAAAUAUCAGAAAAUGUUCUCAUAUGCGCAGCUCUACAGCAAGACUUGGGUUUUGACCCCGAUAAAGAGCUGUUAAGGUUCCUGUUUGACGAGCGCAAGGAGGAGAUUCAACUCACCGAGCGCGUCAUUGUUGCUGCGGCCAGUAACCCCUCUUGCAACGCAGCUAGCAUGAGAAUACUUCUAGAAAAGUGUGGAAAAGCGGUUUGCAUCACCGAUGAGGUCAUCAGAACGGCGGUAAGGAACCAAGACUUUGGCGACGUAAUAGCGCUGCUUCUCCAGGAGCGCGGAGACGAUAUCCAGAUCACGGAAACAGUUUUGAAGAGUGCAGUCCAAAACGGACAUUGUGGUGACAAAAUAACCGACUUUCUUCUUCAAAAACGUGGAGACGAUAUUCAAAUCACAGAACAGGUCCUCGAGGCUGCGGUGUCGAAUCUAGUGUGCGGCGACAUUGUGGUAGCUGCUCUUCUCAAAAGGCAUAAAGACAAAUUCCGAGUCACGGAAGGAUUCCUCACAAGCAUAUUGUGCAAAACACUCAUCACAGCCUCCAGUAUGGGCCAUCUGGAGGUUGUCGAGGUCCUUCUCGAAAACAGAGUAGACGUGUCAGUAGCUGACAACAACGGAUGGACGCCACUCCAUGCGGCCUCGAGCAAUGGUCAUUUUCAAGUUGUCAAGGCUCUCCUCGAGAACAAUGCAGACGUCUCGGUAUCUAAUAACUUCGGAUGCACGCCACUCCACACAGCCUCAUACAAAGGCCAUCUUCAGGUUGUUUGGGUCCUUCUCGAAAACAAGGCAGAAGCCUCGGUUGCCGAUACCCAAGGAUGGACGCCACUCCAUGCGGCCUCGAGUAAUGGUCAUUUUCAAGUUGUCAAGGCUCUCCUCGAGAACAAUGCAGACGUCUCGGUAUCUAAUAACUUCGGAUGCACGCCACUCCACACAGCCUCAUACAAAGGCCAUCUUCAGGUUGUUUGGGUCCUUCUCGAAAACAAGGCGGAAGCCUCGGUCGCGGAUAUUCAUCAAUGGACACCACUCCAUGCGGCCUCGAGCAAUGGUCAUCUUGAAGUUGUUAAAGCUCUCCUCGAGAGCAAUGCAGACGUUUCGGUAUCUAAUGACUUUGGAUGUCCUUCUCGAAAGUAG